AGUCGCGUCGCGUCGCUCCUCCGCCAUGUUGAGUGAGAACGAAAGUGAAAGUGGAUCCAGACCAGAGAGAGAUCGUGUUUCCUCCCCCGCCGAGUCUUAGUUCCGGAAUCUGUUGGAGUCUGUGGACGUGUGCGCUCACUUCGCCGACACGUAAUCUACUGCACUUAGUUUACCAUAUUCUACUGUACUGGCCUCCGAGCUGAAAAAGUGAGAAACAUAGAGAGCACUGGACCCUGAAAGUGUGCGCGUUAAAGUCUGUUGUGGGACAUGGCACCUUGUGGACCUGCUUUGCUCCUCUUGGUUUUUGUCUCCCUCCUCCCGUGUUUGCAUGCUGGUAUGAUCAAAUUGCAAUGCAAGAAUGAAAACGUCGGAAUCUACAGGCAGAACUCAUUAUUAAGUUGUUCCGUGAAGGAUUUUUCUCCCGAUGUCACGGUAAUACUAGUGAUAUGGAAGAAGUCAGGGAAGUCCAUAUUUACGUUUUAUGCUGAAAAAACAACUUUUGAAGAUGAAGAUCCUCGACUGCAGUUUGCUGAACCAAACUGGACCCCAAACAACAUGAACAUUUCUCUGCUGCUGAAGAACACACAAAUAGCUGAUGCUGGCCAAUAUGAAUGUAUGGUGGUCACGGACGCUGGUGAGGACAAGGGACAAACCAGCCUUCAGGUCAGAGCCCUCUACUCAAAGCCCACGGUGUGCUCCUUUCCCGAGAAGAACAUCGAGGAGCACAUGAAGGUCACCCUGUAUUGCAAUGCCUCUGGGGGAUACCCGCCAGGAAGGAUCCAGUGGUUGGAUAAGUACAACACCGACUGGACCGCGAGCUCGGAGACACGGGUGGUUCAGGAAGAGGACAAACGCACUACGUUAAUAAGCAAAUUCACCGUGCUGCAAGCUACCUCCGUAAACCCCUGGUACAAGUGCGUCUUGUACGACAGCGACGGAAACCGGCAGGGAGAGGCCAAGUAUACGCUCUCAUUUGCCUCAAAGGACCACCCCCCGGAGAAGAGUACGCAAAGGAAGAACACGGUGACCAUCACAGCAGUCGUAGUGGUUCUUGGGUCGCUCGCCUGCGGACUUCUCGUCCUCCUGCUGCUCCAGAGACGGCGCUUGCGAAAAAUGCCCUAUAUGGAGCCAUGUAAGAUGAGCGCCGAAGAAGCUAAGGUGAAAAUGGACAUGGGCCUGCAGUGAGAUGUGUCCAUCAGCUGUGCUUUCACUCCUUUCAAGAACAGUUACUGAUAAUCUACAAGAAACCAGUGAAAAAGACGUCCUUUGCUCACGCUUUGCUUCAUGUGAAUAGACCUUUCUGGUGCUGUGUUUCACCCUGCAGCGUCAAACCAAUCAGUAAACUAUGAUAAGGACAUGGAACUGAAAUUUGUCUCCGUGGCAAAUUUCACCGUGCUGGUCAGUGUGAAUGGAGAAGGAGAAGGUACAAAGAGGAAGUUUUGCUGUAAACUGAAAGCAAUUUGUGGAACACAUCACACAAUAGAUGAUUUAUUCCACUGGCUCUCCGUCUUACUCCUGUGUUCUGAGUGACAAUGAAAGACGUUUAUAGAAGAAACACACUUGAUUUAUAUUAAGUUAAAAAAAAAAAAAAGCAUUAACCUCUGUUUUAACCUUCCAGUUUGAACCUUAUUUUCUGAAUGCAAUAAUUUCAUCUGUUGAAUGUAAUCGUAGGGUUCAAGGCCUUGAUCAUUAUCCAUUCACGCGGUUGCAGUGAGAUUUUGUAUGUUUUCAAAGCAAUUUUAUACCAUUGUAUGACUUGUACAUUUGUAAUUAUGAGUCUUUAAUUGAAAUAAAAAGAUGAAAAUGUU